AUGAAGCAUUCGGUAAAUGUCAUGCAAUGGGUUAUUAAAAAAUGGUAUAUCGAAUCUCACGCCCAAAUGUUCAACAAAACCAUCUCAUACGAUGCCAUCAGCAGUACGCAAUGGGCAAUAACAGUUGGCCUGUUUGCUGUUGGUGGUAUGAUUGGCGGUCUUGCUUCUGGAUGGUGCGCCGAUACUUUCGGUCGCAAAGGAGGCAUGUUACUGAAUAACAUCCUGGCUGUAAUCGCUGCAAUUUUAAUGGGAAGCGCAAAGUAUGUAGGAGUAUAUUUCCUUAUUAUGGUUGGUCGAGUCAUUAUUGGUAUCAGUUCAGGCCUUAGUUCUGCAUUAGUACCAAUGUAUCUAACGGAACUGUCUCCAAUUAAUCUACGUGGUACAAUUGGAAGUUUCAAUCAACUUACUGUCACUAUUGCAAUUUUGAUCUCACAGAUUGUUGGGUUACCGCAGCUUUUUGGCACUAAAGAACUCUGGCCUCUCGUUUUUGCUUUCGGUGUUGUCCCAAUUGCAAUUCAAUUGGUCACCCUGCCACUAUGUCCUGAAUCACCAAAAUAUACUCUAAUUGUUAAAGACAGAAAAGAAAGAGCUGAAGCAGACUUGAAGAAAAUCCGUGGGGAGGACGAUGUAAGUACUGAGCUAAAAUCGAUGCAAGAUGAGGCCAACGCAAUGGCAGCGGUUGAGAAAAUUGGUAUCAAGAGUCUUUUUAAAGGAGAAUUGGCUUGGCCAAUGUUUAUCGCAAUUAUGAUGAUGCUUGCACAGCAACUUUCUGGUAUCAAUGUUGCAAUGUUCUUCUCAACAAUCAUCUUCAAAAAUGCUGGUCUUGGUGACAACGCCGUUUAUGCAACACUUGGAAUGGGUCUCUGUAACGUUAUCAUGACCGUUAUUUCCGUCUAUUUGGUUGAUCAUCCUCGUUUCGGUCGUCGUUCGCUUUUGCUUGCUGGUUUGAUUGGAAUGUUGUUCUCGUCUAUUGCUCUCGUAAUCUCAAUCACUGUUUACAAUAUGGAUAAAGUUGCUAAUGAUUUCUUGGCGUAUCCAUCUAUGGUGUUUGUCUUCCUGUUUGUUAUUUCGUUCGCUACUGGACCAGGUUCUAUUCCUUGGUUCUUUGUUUCUGAACUGUUCACAUCUGGAGCUCGCGGAAGCGCGAAUUCUGUUGCUGUAAUGACAAAUUGGCUUGCGAAUUGUUUGGUUGCAAUUACCUUCGAAUUUUUGAUGCAAGUUUUGAUGCAGUAUUCAUUCUUGGUUUUCGCUGUACUUCUUGCAUUCUUCAUCGUGUUUACCUACAUAUUUGUUCCGGAAACGAAAGGUCGUACAGUGGAAGAAGUUUACGAAGAAUUCAAAAAAGGGAAAUCGCGAUUUUCCAGGAAAGAAAAUUCCUAA